AUGAAAUUGGAGAGAGGUUUACCAUUGUUGCUCCAACAAUUUAAAGCUCUUUUCAAAAAGAAUGUUUUGCUUUCAUGGCGAAACAAGAGAGCUACUUUUAUUCAGCUAUUUGCUUCCUUCUUCUUCAUCUUCCUCAUGUUCUGUAUCCAAAUCUCUAUCAAUAUUCGCAUAUCAAAUUCCACCUUUUUCGAAAACAUGGCUGACCCCACGCCUCUGAUCUCUCCUCCAAUACCGCUCUGUGAAGAUAACUUCUAUGUCAAGCUUCCUUGCUAUGACUUCAUCUGGAGCGGAAAUGAAAGCGAAAGAAUUCGCAGCAUUGUGGCUGCCAUCAUGGCUAACAAUCCAGGGAGGCCUAUUCCCUCAAUAAAGGUGAAGUCAUUCAAAACAGAAGCUGAAGUAGAUGAAUGGCUUUAUAGAAAUCCAAUGUACUGUUAUGGAGCUUUGCAUUUCAUGGAGAGAAACUCUUCUGUGAUUAGCUAUGGAAUUCAGACUAAUUCAACUCUUUUACCUAAGAGAGGAAAGUUUGAGGAUCCCACUUUCAAAUUUCUAAUCCCACUUCAAAUUGCGGCAGAGCGUGAGAUUUCAAGGUCUCUCAUUGGAGUUCAAAACUUUAGUUGGGCUUUUGGCUUCAAGGAAUUUGCACAUCCUCCUCAAAAUAUUCUCUUAGGAAUGAAUACAGCAGGAUCUCCAUUUUCAAUGAGCUCAGUAGGACCUCCAUUUUUCCUUGCAAUCGUUAUGUUCGGUUUUGUAUUUCAAAUGACUUCUUUGGUGACCGAGAAAGAACUAAAACUUCGGCAGGCAAUGACUUUGAUGGGCCUCUAUGACUCUGCAUACUGGUUUUCAUGGCUAGUUUGGGAGGGAAUUCUCACAUUUCUCUCUUCACUUCUCAUAGUGCUCUUUGGCACACUUUUUCAGCUUGACUUCUUCUUGAACAACAGCUUCAUUGUUUUAUUUUUUGUCUUCUUCUUGUUUCAACUCAAUAUGCUUGGCUUUGCCUUCAUGUUAUCAACCUUCCUGAACAAGUCAGCAUCAUGUACAGCUACCGGUUUCUCGGUUUACAUCACUGGCUCUUCCAUUCAGUUUGUUGGAGUAUUUGGAUUUCCAUACAUGUCCAAAUUCUCUAAAUUGUGUCAGAUCAUUUGGUCAUUCUUUCCACCUAAUCUUCUGGCUAAAGCCUUAUGGCUGCUUAGCGAUGCAACUUCCUCGCCUGAAGAUGUUGGUAUCAGCUGGAGUGGUCGAGCAAUGUGCACUCCCAAUGAUGAGUACUGUGUGAUAACAAUUAAUAAUAUAUAUAACUGGCUGCUGGCUACUUUCUUUCUUUGGUUUGCAUUGGCAAUCUAUUUUGAUAACAUUUUCCCAAAGGAAUCUGGUAUGAGAAAAUCAGUAUUCUACUUUCUAAAACCUGGAUACUGGAAAGGAAUAGAUGGAAGCAAAGUCCAAGAGAGUGCCAUUUGUAGUUGCCUAACUUCAAUCCCAGAGGAAAAUCAUAUUCCUUCAGAUGAUGAAGAUGUCCUUGAAGAAGAAAAGAUUAUAAAAGAACAAAUUAUUAAGGGUAUUGACAAUGCAAAUAUUGUGGUUCAGAUACGUGGUCUCGUAAAGACAUAUCCUGGGACUACGAAAACUGGUUGCUUCAAAUGCAAGAAAACUCCACCGUACCAUGCUCUCAAUGGUCUAUGGCUAAACUUUGCCAAGGAUCAGUUAUUCUGUCUACUUGGAAUGAACAGAGCAGGAAAAACCACAACAUUCAAUUGUUUGACUGGAAUCACACCUGUGACAAGUGGAGAUGCAUUGGUAUAUGGCCAUUCCAUACGAAGCUCUAUUGGCAUGUCAAAAGUCCAAAAACUGAUGGGAGUUUGCCCUCAGUUUGAUAUUCAAUGGGAUGCGUUAUCUGGUCUAGAGCACCUUCACCUCUUCGCGAGAAUUAAGGGUCUACCUCUAUCUUCAAUCGAUUCAGUCAUUGAAAAGUCAUUAGCUGAGGUGAGACUUACAAAGGCAGCAAAAGUGAGAGUUGGCAGUUAUAGUGGAGGAAUGAAACGUCGUCUGAGUGUUGCAGUAGCCCUUAUUGGUGAUCCAAAAUUGGUCAUCUUAGAUGAGCCUGUAAGCAAGUUAGACCCUUAAUUUUUUGUCUUUUUAUGCUCAUUUACUUAAUCUACAACUGGUAUGGAUCCAAUAGCAAGAAGACAUGUGUGGGAUAUUAUAAAGAAGGCAAAGGAAGGGCGUGCAAUAGUCUUAACUACACAUUCAAUGGAAGAAGCUGAGAUCUUAAGUGACCGGAUUGGAAUAAUGGCGAAUGGAAGGCUUCGUUGCAUUGGUACCUCAGUCAGAUUGAAGUCACGGUUUGGAACUGGUUUUGUUAUUAAUAUCAACUUCAACAGACAAACUUCUACCGAAGAUGUUGCUCAUUCUACUCAUGAUCAUGAGGCUGUGAAGCAGUUCUUUAAACAUCAUUUGAAUGUUGGCCCGAAAAAAGAGAAGAAAUCCCUUUUGACAUAUUCUAUUCCUUAUGAGAAAGAGAAGAUUCUGCCAAACUUUCUGACUGAGCUCCAAGAUAGAGAAAGCGAAUUUGGCAUAACAGACAUCCAAAUUGGUCUCACACCUCUUGAAGAAGUGUUCAUGAACAUCACAAGGCAGGCAGAGCUCGAAAGCGCAAUGACAGAAGGAAGAUUCGUUACUCUUAAUUUAACAACAUCUGAAACUUCAGUUGAGAUACCAGUGGGAGCUAGAUUUGUUGGGAUUCCAGGAACUGAAAGUGAAGAAAAUCCUAAUGGGAUUAUGGUUGAAGUUUUCUGGGAACAAGAUGAUUUUGGUGAACUCUGCAUAUCUGGCCAUUCUGAGGAAACUCCAAUGCCUCAUAACAUUGAAUCACUAAUGCCAAUUAUAGCAGAAUGCUAUCCAAGGAAAAUGUCAGUCUCAGGAGUAGUCCUUGAUCACAAUCAGAUCAUCAAUAAGAAUUUUCAGUCAUAG